UUCAAUAUAAAUAAUAUACUGAAAUAUAAUGUAAUAGUGAAAAUAAUGGAAAUAAGGCAUAUAUGACAAGACACUAUACUAAUGUGUAAUAUAAUGAGUAUAUUACCACCUACAUCCCCUGUAGUCACCUUUCACACUAACAUGGUGUCAUGGCACCUGCCUAUCAGUUACCCAUGACACCCUAGUGGUGUCAUGGGGGCUGUCAUUUGUGCCUCCCAGUGAUGGUGACACAUGGUGGGAGGAGUAUAGUGCCUUGAGGCAGACAGCUUGUCUGUCACCUAUACUCAUGUCUCCCCCUUCCUUUAUCUGUAUCUAUCUAUCCCCUGGUCCUAAGUACGGUCUAGGCAGAUGUCAACAUAAGCAGGAGGGCGUUUGUUGUGGUGUGUCAACAAUUGCCAGUCGGCGGCCGCUCGAGAUGCCAGCCCAAGAUGAUUCUGCAUUGUGUUGCUGUGAAUACAUUAACAAAGAAGGGGAGCGUUCACACCUGCUCGGUGCUUUUUGUGAUUGUGAAGCCAUUGACGAGGCAUUUGAUAGAUUAUUUACACUAAAAUCCCUUGAAAAAAGAAAUGUUGAAAAGAUCACGGAGACAGUGUAUGAUCGGCUGAGAAUACCAUGGCGUGGAGGGGCCAAGAAGGUGCCAUUGGAUGUGGCUGGUGCUCUUGUGUGUGUGCUGCUCACAAUUUUCUUGGGAUGCUUUACAUGGACUGUAACUAUUAUUACAUACGUUGUUUUCCUUCCUGCCAUGUUGUUUUCAAUACACAGGUUCAUCAGGAAGAAGGUUGCUACUGACAAUACCUCGACUUAUGGCAUACGAAGAUUAAAAGAUGGCAAGAAGUAUUCGAGAUCUAGGUUUUAUUUUGCUUGGUUAACGGCAUCUAUAUCAUUUCUCCUCAUUAUAUAUUAUACACAAGUUAUUCCUUACCUCAAGAUUAGCCCAUAUGAAAACUUUGCCUUUGUGACCUUUACCUGCAUCUCGUGUACCAGUUUUUAUCUUGUUUGUGCCACCUCUUGUCCUGGUUUUGAAACCCCAAACAAAGCUAGGGAUGAGGAGUAUGAAGAAGUAAUUGAAUCUGGAGCAUGGAGGUUGUGUGCUGAGUGCACGAAGCAGGUGCCCAGGCUAGCCUCCCACUGCUGGACGUGUGACACCUGCUAUCUGCUACGUGACCACCAUUGUCUUUGGUUAGAUACUUGUGUUAGCUGUGUGAAUGAUCGUUGGUUUGUAACUGGACUGAGCUUUGGCUUGUGUGCCUUGUGCUACGGUGUCCACUUGAGUCUUACUACUGUUUGUCAUCCACGGCUCAUCGAUCUCUACUUAACCACACUCCUCAUACCAAGCCAUUGUCCUGAUGCAUUCAUAAAUCUUCAAUCCAGUUUGUCAAUCUCAGCUGCCUGCUAUGGUAUACUUCUGGCAAUAUUUGUAGCUGUGGCCUUGAUUCAACAACUAGUUUGUGUGAUGAGUGGGGUAAAGUUGAGAGAGUACAGGAGACGGCAGCUUCCUUACCACUUCUCUGUUAAAAAUGGUUUCAGAAAUUGUUUUAACUUCUGGUGGAGACAAUGAAGGUAUUUCUGUAUCUCAUACUUGUAUAUUUCUGUAUUUUAUAGUUGUAUAUUUGUUAUCUAAAUAUAAUAUUUGUUGAAAAAUAUUUAGCAACAUUUAUUUCAUAUUUGGUUAUUAUAAAUCUGUUCUUCUGUAACCUAUCGUUUCAUAAGAACAGUUUUAAGCCGUCCUGGGUGUUGAAGUGGGCAAGCCAAAGAUGAAAGAUUCUUUACGUUUCUUCAAAUGAUUUUGAAGAAACUGGAAGAUAAUUUUUGCACUAUUGAAGCUUUAAAAACUAAACAUUUAAAUUUUA